CUUAUUUAUUGUCUUCUGUUUUUACAACUUUCUUUCUUUCUCUCUUUUUAUCCCUUUUUCUUUCAUUCUUUCUUUCUUUCUUUCUUUCCUUUCUUUCUUUCUUUCUUUCUUUUUUUUUUUCUUUCUUUGCUCGUUCUUAUUUAUUGUCUUCUGUUUUACAACUUUCUUUCUUAUCUCUCUUUUUAUCCCCCUUUUUUUCUUUCAUUUUUCUUUUCUUUCCUUUCUUUCUUUCUUUCUUUUCUUUCUUUCUUUGCUCGUUCUUAUUUAUUGUCUUCUGUUUUUACAACUUUCUUUCUUAUCUCUCUUUUUUUAUCCCCUUUUUCUUUCUUUCUUUCUUUCUUUCUUUCCUUUCUUUCUUUCUUUCUUUCUUUCUUUGCUCGUUCUUAUUUAUUGUCUUCUGUUUUUACAACUUUCUUUCUUAUCUCUCUUUUUUUAUCCCCUUUUUCUUUCUUUCUUUCUUUCUUUCUUUCUUUCCUUUCUUUCUUUCUUUUUUUCUUUCUUUGCUCGUUCUUAUUUAUUGUCUUCUGUUUUACAAGUUUCUUUCUUAUCUCUCUUUUUUAUCCCCUUUUUGUUUGUUUCUUUCUUUCUUUGUUUCUUUCUUUCUUUGUUUCUUUGUUUCUUUGUUUCUUUUUUUCCUUUCUUUCUUUUUUUUCUUUUUUCGUUUUAUUUUUGUCUUCUGUUUUUGCUUUCUUUCUUAUCUCUCUUUUUUAUCCCUUUUUUUCUUUCUUUUUUCUUUCUUUUCUUUGUUUCUUUUUUUCCUUUCUUUCUUUCUUUCUUUUUUUCUUUCUUUGCUCGUUCUUAUUUAUUGUCUUCUGUUUUUACAACUUUCUUUCUUAUCUCUCUUUUUUAUCCCCUUUUUCUUUCUUUCUUUCUUUCUUUCCUUUCUUUCUUUCUUUCUUUCUUUCUUUUUUUCUUUCUUUGCUCGUUCUUAUUUAUUGUCUUCUGUUUUUACAACUUUCUUUCUUAUCUCUCUUUUUUAUCCCCUUUUUCUUUCAUUCUUUCUUUCUUUCUUUCUUUCCUUUCUUUCUUUCUUUCUUUCUUUUUUUCUUUCUUUGCUCGUUCUUAUUUAUUGUCUUCUGUUUUUACAACUUUCUUUCUUAUCUCUCUUUUUUAUCCCUUUUUCUUUCAUUCUUUCUUUUCUUUCUUUCUUUCCUUUCUUUCUUUCUUUCUUUUUUUUUUUUCUUUCUUUGCUCGUUCUUAUUUUUGUCUUCUGUUUUUACAACUUUCUUUCUUAUCUCUCUUUUUAUCCCUUUUUCUUUCAUUCUUUCUUUCUUUCUUUCUUUCUUUCUUUCUUUCUUUCUUUCUUUUUCUUUGCUCGUUCUUAUUUAUUGUCUUCUGUUUUUACAACUUUCUUUCUUAUCUCUCUUUUUUCCCCUUUUUCUUUUCAUUCUUUCUUUCUUUCUUUCUUUCUUUUCUUUCUUUUCUUUGCUCGUUUCUUAUUUAUUGUCUUCUGUUUUUUACAACUUUCUUUCUUAUCUCUCUUUUUUUAUCCCCUUUUUCUUUCUUUCUUUCUUUCUUUCUUUCCUUUCUUUCUUUCUUUCUUUCUUUUUUUCUUUCUUUGCUCGUUCUUAUUUAUUGUCUUCUGUUUUUACAACUUUCUUUCUUAUCUCUCUUUUUUAUCCCCUUUUUCUUUCAUUCUUUCUUUCUUUCUUUCUUUCUUUCUUCACUCACUCUUAUUUAUUAUCUUCUGUUUUUACUACUUUCUUUUUGA